CCCAAUCACUCGGCUUGCCGACGCGUUGAAUGCUGCGUUUCUUCGCCGUUCCUUGUGAUCCAGUGGUUCGCUCGUCUCGUUUGGUUUGUUAAACCUUUUCGCAAGAAUGCCGGUACAGCUGCCCGAUUCCGACUCCGAGGAUGAGCUUCCACCGGCAUGGGAAGAGCGUGCCACCAGCGAUGGUUUCGUUUAUUACGUGAACCACCAAAGCAAAACAACGCAGUGGAGCCACCCACGCACCGGUAAGAUGAAGCGUGUUUCCGGUGACCUACCCAUCGGAUGGAGCCGACAUGUCGAAGAAGCCACCGGCAAGGUGAUCUUUGUAGAGGAGAAAACCCAGCGGAAGUCGUACACGGAUCCGAGGUUGGCUUUCGCCGUGGAGGAAGCCCCCAGUCAGGUCGGGGAACUGCGCCAACGGUUCGACAGUGGCACGAAUGCGUUGCAGGUGCUCCACGGGCGGGAUCUUAGUGGAAAGGUGGCAUUGAUCACGGGCUGCAAUGCAGGAAUUGGCUUUGAAACGGCUCGUUCACUUGCGUUGCACGGUUGCGAAGUGCUGUUUGCCUGUCGCGACGAGAAGGCGACGAAAGCGGCCAUCGCUAAGAUAUUCCACGAAAAAGAAGCCGCUGGUUCGAGAUGCAAGUACAUUCCGCUGGAUCUUGCCAGCCUUCGGUCUACCAAGCGCUGUGCGGAGCAGGUGAAGCAGCUUUGCAAGCACAUUGAUAUGCUGAUACUGAAUGCCGGCGUCUUUGCGCUUCCACAUUCCAUAACCGACGACGGUUACGAGCGGACGUUCCAGGUGAACCAUCUGGCCCACUUUUACUUGACCAAUCAGCUGGCGGAGUUGUUCGAUCACACCUCACGUAUCGUUGUCGUUUCGUCGGAAUCGCACCGCAUGAGUACGCUACCGGCAAGCGGCCUGUCCGAGAGUGAUCUCUGUCCGCCGCCGCACAAAUUCUGGAGUAUGCUGGCGUACAAUAACUCCAAGCUGUGCAACGUGCUCUUUGCGAUGGAGCUAGCGAAGAGAUGGAAAUCGAGAGGCAUAAGCGUGUUCGUUUUGCAUCCGGGCAAUAUGGUUUCAUCGGCCCUUUCCCGGAACUGGUGGUUCUAUAGAGUGCUGUUCGCUGUGGUUCGUCCUUUUACCAAGUCCUUGCAACAGGCCGCCAGCACCACCAUCUACUGCGCUACGGCCCAUGAGCUAACGGGACUGACCUCGCUGUACUUCAACAACUGCUACGUUUGCGAUCCGUCUGGGGCAUCCAAAAACGAACCGUUGCAGCAAAGCCUCUGGCAAAUCAGCGAAAAUAUGGUUGAACGGGCUCUGCAAACCACCGACAAUGCUUAAGGCCACG